GGUGUUCUCUUGUAGUCCAUAUAGGUAAAUAAGUACUUAUUACAAUCGUGUAAGUAUAUGGAUCUUGCGCCGUGUGUUUAUGUUUGACAUUUCAGUGCGGAGAAGAUAUAACCUAAAAAUUUUAUAAAUAUUUCAACGUUUGUUAUAAUCGAUCUUUAUAUAAUCAAAUCAAACCAUGAAUCCUAUGACCAAUGUAAAAAAUAUUGCAAAACUAGGUCUACAGGAGCUAGGUUCAGAUAGAAAAGGAUCUUGGCACGAUGAUUACAAGGACAGUGCUUGGAUUUUUAUUGGUGGACUCCCAUAUGAUCUGACGGAAGGUGACGUUAUCGCCGUAUUUUCUCAAUAUGGAGAGAUAGUUAAUAUAAAUUUAGUUAGAGAUAAGGAUACAGGCAAACAAAAGGGCUAUGGAUUUUUAUGUUAUGAAGAUCAACGGAGCACUAUUCUAGCUGUCGAUAAUCUGAAUGGAAUAAAGAUUUUAGGUAGGACAAUAAGAGUGGAUCAUGUUAAAGAUUAUAAACCUCCUAAAGUUGGAUCAAAAAAUGUUGACGAAGAAACCAAGAGAUUAAGACUAGAAGGAUGUGCGCCGAAAAAGUAACACCUAGUCUUAUUAUAGAAAAUGCAAAAGGCAACACUGGUUGCUGGCAUAAAAGACUUGUUCUCAUUUGGUAAAAUAAAAACCUUGAAGUGCCAAAGAGAGCGUAAUUGUAUAUACAUGUAUAUUUAUUACUUUAUCAUAUACAUUCACAAAAUGAAUUACACAUUCAUGUAUUUGUAAAACCUAACUAUUAAAAAAAUUCAAAGUAAUCAGGUUUAAUAAGAAAUAUAUUUUUUUUUAUCAGUAUCAACAUGUUGGUAUUUUAUUAUUCAAAAAUAUGUAAAUAAACAUUUUAUAUUUAUAAUUUUUACACUAACAGAUAAAAGAUUAAAAAAUGUAACAUAGAUACUUAAUAAAAAUUGUGCGCAUUCAACUUCUACGAUUUGGACCAAAAAACUUUAGUGAAAUCUUUGCAAGGGACAUUUUUAAGUACAGAAAUGCAAGCAAAUUAACUUUUAAACGCAUGCUUUGGUAAUGAAAAAAAGAAAAUAAAAAUCCCUCGUAUGGAUUAUAAUGGAAAAGUUGUUGGUCCCAAAGACAGUCAUAUUUUACAUUUAAAAUUAUAUUUUUAAUUAAUGACAUAUAUUU